GAGCGGCGCGGCGCGCGGCAGCCCAGAUUCGACGGGCUAGCGUUGCCGGGGGCACCGCUCAGACACCGUCGAGCGGCCGAGCUGGGUGGUCCGGCCAGAGGCCGCGGAGACGGUACGGAGACGCGACAGAGUCAUCAAGGGUGCGCCGACGGGACGCGGAGCAGGCGAGACCAGCGGGGAGCGUCAGCAGCGGUGGUGGUGUGAUACGAGUGACGGUGGCGACGGGGAUGUGACGCGGACUCAGGAUGUACGGUGUCACGCUGCUCCUGCUCGUCCUCGGCUGGCACGCACUGUUCGGCCUUGCCUCAGGGGACAUUCUGGGCCAUGACCCGGCCGGGGUCGGUCCGGCUGACCGUCCGUCAGCGGAGGCGGUGCAGCUGCAGAUUUCGAUCCCGAUAGCCGCCGACCAGCUGCUGCAGUUGGCCAGUGCCAGCCCGGACGCCUGGCGCCAAAUCCUGGCGCAGACGCCGCCGGCCGCGCGCCGCUCGCCUGCUGGCGCAGCUCACCGCCCGCGGCGGGCGGACGGCCAGCAAGCCGCGCGACGCUCGCACUCGACACUGGGGGCGGACGGCAGCGGGUACCGGCGCCUGGCGAGAAGGGAACGUCCGUCCUCAAAGUACGAUGCGCCUACGGGGCGCUCGCAGUCCGUCUACAGGACGACGUUGAACGACCUGGACAGGCCAUCGAGCAGCUACGGACCCCCGUCCCGGGAGCCCGCCCGCCCGUCGUCCAGCUAUCGUCCGCCGGCGAGGGGCCUCGACCGACCCGCGUCCAGCUACAGCUCACCGUUCGGCGUAUUCGAUGGCCCGUCCUCCGAGUAUCAGUCCCCAUCGGACAGCUUCCACUCCUCGGUCUUGAAGUACAGAACAUCGGCUGCCAGCGCCGCGCCGGUGCCGCACUCGUGGUACACGCCGCCGACGAGCCGCUACGAGUCGUCCUCGCCCUCGCGCGGGGCCUCGCCGGGCUCGUACGCGACGCCCAGGCCAGCUGCACCGCGUGUGACUACGUACCGACCCCCCAAGCAGGGGUACAGCACGCCGGUGGUCGGGCCCGCCGCCUCCGGCUACGGCGGGGAGCACGGUCAGGAGGAGCUCCACGAGCACGGCGGACUCGAUUGGCUCCGGGACGUUGUGCCAGGCCUGCCCGGCGAGGAUUACCCGGUGCUCGGGAAUAUUCCGCUGACCUCGUUCUCGUGCGCCGGCCGGCCCGAGGGGUACUUCACGGACGUGGCCACCAGGUGUCAGGUGUACCACGUGUGCCACGGACCGUUCCGGAUGAGCUCCUUCCUCUGCCCGAACGGCACGGUGUUCAGUCAGUCGUUAGCCACCUGUGACUGGUGGUUCAACACCGAGUGUUCUGAGGAUCUGCCGCUGCCCAGCUCGACGUUCAGGGAGGGUCGCCACAUGUCCGGUUACAUGUUCGAAGACGACUGGAUCGACGACUACGAAGACUUUGACGCCGCGGACUACCGGCCCCCCACCAAUUCCUACCGGCCUCCUGCCAAGUCCUACCGCCCGCCGCCACCCCGGGACUCGCGCCACUCAUCCGGCGACUCGCGCCACUUCAUCCGGCGACUCGCGCCAUUCAUCCGGCGACUCGCCCCGCUCGUCCGGCGAGUCGUCCACCUCGUACCACCAGCUUGCAUCUCGUCCUGUGGACUUGUACCGAGGCCCCUCGGACGAGCGUAGGGCCGCACGGAACGACCUCCGCUCGUCGUACUCAUCCUUCUCCGCCUCGAGCGCUACGGAGCAGUACCGACUCCCGAACCGGCGCACAGCGUCACGGCCCCCUCAGCGCCGUCCGCCAUCUAGCGAGAGAAGCAGGGACUAUACGCUACCUGGCGGCAACGACGGCCAUUACGAGCCGCGCAGCAGCGAGACGUUCCUGGCCACGCUCAGGGCGCCAGCGAGUCGGCAGAAGCUUGGAGAGGGCGUCAAGACCAAGCCCUUCAUCAUUCGCGUCACCUACGGCAACAAACACGACCAGGGAAGGACCACGAAGGAGCUCAAGUUCGGUCCUCGGGCGGCCGAGGAGUUACUGAGCCGGGCUCAGAUUCGGCGAUGGAGCUUCACCGACGAGGAACCGAUUACGCGGCGACUAGCUGUCGCGGGGUCCACAGAGGGUACGAGCGAAUUUCAUGCAAGGACGACGUACAUAAGGCGUGCACUGGAGAAGGCUCGUGACAAGGCGUUCGACUUCGAGGUCGGGCGUCGCCAAGGCAGAGCACUGGAGGCCUCUGAGUCUCGCAUUCGACCGCGCACCGCCCCUACCGCUCUACUGCAGGACGUUGCAGACUCGGGGCGCUCCUCAUCGGGCUUCUCGCGCACCACCUUUGUCCGUCCGCCGCCCACUCGGCCGAUGGUGCCGCUCGUCGAGCAAGUGGCACCACCUGAGUCCAGCAUGGAGCCGCCGACAGUGGCCGACGCCAUCCCCUCUGGCGUCGUCAGGUUCGCUGGCAGCGGCGACCCCUACCGUGCAAUAUGACAAAAACAAGUCGUUCAAUGCCGAGAGGUCCACAUCUCUAGUAGCCCUUGUGCCAGGGUCGCAGCGAGAGCAGUCAGUUCGAGAUGGCCGGACUGGCGGCGGUGAAAAGAACUAUAGCUUCGGUGGUCGGACGCUAGGUGAGUCUGAUGGCUCUGUCGACAGCAACGAGAUAGCAGCAGACUUCGCCGACUUCGACUACGAUGGUCUACUCACAGACAAAUCGUUCAAAGAGUUCGGCCUCAGGAUACCGAAAGAGCUAACCGAGGCCUCGGAACAUCGGAGUCUAGGUUAGUGCAUCAGGAGACGGCAUGAUUAUGCACGCAUGUCACGCAAUGUGUAUCGGUAGAUCCCAUGUUUUGUUAUUUGUUGAGUUUCUGCGUCACGCGGGAGUGUCGAAGUCAUUUGUCCGGCUGACGUUUUGCCUUGGUUUCUCGGCCUAGCAAUCUGAUUAUUCGUGGUAAGGAACCCGUCUUGAGCAUGACUCUGAGAUGGAUCAGGUCAUAAAUAAUGGACUGCUUCCUCGACGUUCUAGGAGAAUCCAUUCGACACGGUGUGUUCUCGAAACCAUUCAAAGCACUGGCGGGGUUUACUGCUCGUGCCGAAGACUGGAAUCCGCGGGACUUCACCCCUUGGGCCGCCGAUGAGGAUGCCUAGAUCGUGGUGCAAUGCAUAUAUCACACUAAUGUGCGGAAGCCAAACAACACAGGGGCUUCGGAUCCACGCGUAUUCCGUGUGGCCUGUUCAGUAAUAUAAUGACGUGUGUGUUGUGUUGGAUCGAUACUGUGCUUAAAUACACUGUGUGGA